AUGUGGAAGCUAAAGAUUGCUGAAGGCCACGGACCUUACCUGUACAGCACCAACAAUUUUGCCGGCAGGCAAAUUUGGGAGUAUGAUCCCAAUGCUGGAACGCCUGAAGAAAGAGAAGCAUUUGAAAAAACUCGAGAGGAAUUCACAAAAAAUAGGAAGAAGGGUGUUCAUCCAUGUGGUGAUUUGUUCAUGAGAAUGCAGCUUAUAAAAGAAAGUGGAAUUGAUCUGUUGAGCAUCCCACCAAUUAGAUUGGGAGAAAACGAAGAAGUAACCUAUGAAAACACUACUAUUGCCGUUAAGAAAGCACUUAGGCUAAACCGUGCAAUCCAGGCAAGCGAUGGCCAUUGGCCGGCUGAGAAUGCCGGGCCAAUGUUUUUCACGCCGCCACUGCUCAUUGCAUUGUACAUCAGUGGAGCAAUUAACACUAUCCUGACAAAAGAACACAAAAAAGAGAUGAUUCGUUACAUCUACAACCAUCAAAAUGAUGAUGGUGGUUGGGGAUUCUACAUUGAGGGUCACAGCACCAUGAUUGGAUCAGCCCUCAGCUAUGUAGCUUUACGAAUUCUCGGCGAAGGACCCGAUGGUGGAAAUGGUGCAGUUGCUAGAGCUCGCAAAUGGAUCCUUGAUCAUGGCGGUGCAACUGGAAUUCCCUCCUGGGGAAAGACUUAUCUCUCGGUACUUGGAGUGUACGACUGGGAUGGCUGCAACCCAGUGCCUCCAGAGUUUUGGCUUUUCCCUGAAUUUUUCCCUUAUCAUCCAGCAAAGAUGUGGUGUUACUGCCGGACAACCUACAUGCCCAUGUCCUACUUGUAUGGCAAAAAAUAUCACGGGCCGCUUACUGAUCUUGUUAUGUCUCUCAGACAAGAAAUUCAUGUAAAACCAUAUGAUCAAAUUGACUGGAAUAAAGCACGCCAUGACUGUUGCAAGGAGGACUUGUACUACCCUCAUUCCCGCAUCCAAGAUCUACUCUGGGAUACACUCAAUUAUUGCACAGAGCCAAUUAUGAGACGUUGGCCAUUGAACAAAAUCAGAGAAAGAGCUCUGGACAAAGCAAUUAAAUACAUGCGGUAUGGAGCUGAAGAGAGCAGAUACAUUACCAUUGGAUGUGUUGAAAAGAGUUUACAAAUGAUGUGUUGGUGGGCGCACGAUCCAAAUUGCGAUGAGUUCAAGUAUCACCUGGCUAGAGUUCCCGAUUACCUAUGGCUUGCUGAAGAUGGGAUGAAAAUGCAGAGCUUUGGAAGUCAGGUCUGGGAUUGUGCACUUGCUACUCAGGCUGUUAUGGCAACUGGGAUGGUAGAUGAAUAUGGUGACUGUCUGAAGAAAGCACAUUUCCACAUUAAAGAAUCCCAGGUUAAAGAAAAUCCCAAAGGUGACUUCAAAAGCAUGUACCGUCACUUCACCAAAGGUUCUUGGACUUUCUCUGAUCAAGAUCAAGGGUGGGUUGUCUCAGAUUGUACUGCUGAAUCACUCAAGGUCUUAUAUCUUGUUGCCUUGGUAGGGUAUUCAUGCCUGGUGAUGAACAUAGUUCCGAGCCCCCGGCUGCACCCUCGGCCCCAGCGCCAGCGCCAGCCGCACCGCCGGCCAAUCCCCCCUGCACCAGCGGCAUCUCCAGCAGGUGCCCCGGCAUAG